GAUUUUCGCAACCCACAGCCAGGCAGGAUUUGUUUUUAUUGAUGUACAGUGAAAAAUCACUCGCUGCGGUUUGAUUCCUCUGUCGUGUUCAAAGCCGUAAAUUGCGAAACAAUGGAAAAUGGAUGGGAUUCGAUGGUGUCUCGAAUUGUGCGAGUGUACAACCUCAUCAGUACUGUUCCCAAAUUUCAGGGUGAGGUGGAAACUGUCCGGAAAAUGCAGUCCAUUCCCGAGGUUAGGAAAGCUUGCCGGUCGUGGCUGAAAAAGUUGCCCAACGUGCGCGGCAAUGACGAGGAGAAGUCACACUUGUAUCGGGAGAAUGGAAACGAAAUUUUCCGGGGGCGAAAAAGUCCCCAUGUCGCACUGGAGGCGUACAGUAAGGCGAUUUUUGCCGCUCCCCGGGGGUCGGCCUCUUUAGCGAUGGCGCACGCAAACCGUGCCAUAGUAUUGAUGAGUUUGAAACGAUUUAAAGAGGCGUACGAAGAUUGCCAGUUGGCUCUAGAGGGUGCCUAUCCGGAGGAAAACAGGCUGCGGGUGUUGUUUCGGCAGGCUGAAUGUGCCCUGCAAAUUCGGGAUCGUGAUGGACUCGAGAAAACGUUAGACGAAAUUGGCAAGGUUUCAGACGAGCAAGAGUUGGCCACUUUUGAGGCAGAAAGAUAUAAAAGGCUGCAACAGCUUGCAGGGAUGAUCGCUAUAACGGAAAUACCACAAGAUAACACCGAUUCGGAAUUCGUCCUGCCACAGAUGGAAGAGAAAUCAUCCGAAGAGGUUGGAAGGUAUAUGGUUGCAAAAGAAGUUAUCCGAAAGGAUUCGCCCAUCGUGCAGGAAAAGGCAGCUUCAUUCGUUCCUGUGUAUGAUCCGAGGGGUCGCUCAGAGCUACCCCCAUUUGACUGUCAGUGUUGCGGCGAUGUGAACGUCAUUCCAUUUCCAUGUUCUACUUGUGGAAGAGCAUGUUACUGUAGUCUAGCGUGUCGCCAAGAACAUUUUUCUGUCCAUCAAUACGAGUGUCCCGGAUAUACGAAGCACCUGUGGUACCUUAUUGGUAUAGCGCACUUAGGAGUUCGAAGCUUCCUAGAUGGGUUUGAAAGUAGUAUGCAAAGGCUGGACAAUCUGGAUGAAUGUACGCCGGAUGUACUGUUUCAAAAAAUGCUUGAAAUUUCGGAAGCGCAACGAGAUCAUUAUCAUUAUGGCAAAGUGUUCAGGCUAGUGACAAACUUCGAAAGGAUGUCACUAUCCGAUGUUAUACAGUAUUCUCUGACCGCCUACAUGCUGGCGAUAUAUCUAAGUGAGUCAACCGAUUUCUUCAAAAAUUUAGGGAACAAAUCCUCUUUGCUGUCAAAAGACGAUUGGAUCCUUUACGUUGGCAGUGUAAUUUUCCGACACAUUGGCCAACUAGUGUGCAAUGGACAUGCGAUAAGCGAGUUGAGAGGAGGUAUUGCCUCGGAAAACAAUUGUUUGGAGUUCGAUAGCUUCAACAUACGAGCGGGAUUUCUUCAUCGCUACUAUGAGAGCUCACGUGUGUUCACAGGGAUAUUCCCUCAAGUUAGCAUGUUUAACCAUUCGUGUGAACCAAAUAUUCGAAAUACUUUUAAUAAAAAUACGCUCACAGUGUAUGCAACGCGAGAUAUCGAAUCGGGUGAGGAAAUAUUCAACUGCUAUGGGCCAAAUUGUAAACUGAUGAACAAACUGGAGCGUAAUUUGGCACUUCGGCAGCAAUAUUGCUUCGAAUGUCGGUGCACUCGUUGUGCAUCUGGUAAGGACGAUGUAUAUGAGCAAUACGAACUAUUUAAGUGCCCGUUUUCCAAAUGCUCAAAAAAGUUUAUGGUUAAGCAAAAUGUAGAUCCGUUCGAAAAGGACAUCAAAUGUCCCUUGUGUAAGCGAAUUAUCGACUGUUCUUGUUUCCAACUCAUCGCCAGUGGAAUGUCAAGCGAACAAGAAAGCUGCUACGAGGACUUUGAGGACGCGAUGAAUGCGUACAACAAGUGCGCUCUGGUACUUUCCCAGUACCACGAAACGAAGAUAACUCUUGCUCACAUGAUUUUUAUACAGUAUCUGCCAUUCUCCGGGCUGGAUGAGAGAUGUUUGAAGGCACUAAAAACACUCGCACAGGAGUUUGUACAAAUCCGCGAGCACCGUUUCGGUAAAAUGAGUCCAGAGUACGUCGUGGGAUGUUUCUAUCUGAUGGAUUUACUGGUGAUCGAGUCCAAAUGCGAGGGAGAGUUCGAGCUGGAUACCGAAUCGUCGGCAAUAAUGGAUAAUUUCAAAAAAGCAAUCGAAAUAUUCGGAACUAGCACUAGGGGCAAAAUUCUUCACUAUCUUAAAACUCACAUCACACUUUAAGCUAGAAUUUUGAGUGUAUUUUUAAUUGGAAAAAAUGUGGUGUUCGAAUAGGUCUGUUAAGGCGUUUUUUUAUCAAAAUUUUAAAACUAUAGUUUUUGAACAAAGAAGCUAAAAAGCUGCAUUAUUAGAUUCGAAAAUAUUUAUAUUGAUAUUAACGGAUUGAAGUUUAGACCCCCAAAUGCUAGCCUAGUUUUGCAACAGAACAAAUAAAUAGCGAAUAUUCCUAAUUGAAAACAUAUUCAAACUUAACGUAGUAGCAUUCAUCGGAAUGUAUGACUUGUAAUGAAAUUUCGUGUACGAUAUUCGUUUGGCUUAAUGUACCUUAUGCAGAUAAUUAGUGUUUCGUACAUUCGUACAUAGAGAAUAAACAUUAUAUUUAUUCAAUCGCCCAAAAAGUACUAUAAGCACGCCAUUCCAGUUUGGCACGACAAGAAUGACAUAACAUGGACGUAUUGCGUUCCAAUUUACCCAAACGUUGGCAACAAAAAGAAAAGAUUAGAAAAGCUGCAUAAAUUACCGAAGUCAUCAUUCUAACAUUUUUUUUAAAUCCGAGACAGUGUACCAACAAGUUUGCGUGAAAUCCUUUAAUACAAAAACUUUUUUUGCAUGAAAAAAUCGUUGGUCAUGACUUGUCGCCAUUAUUAACUGUAUGUAUAACGGAGCGUACUCCUCUAUAACAAAUGAAGUUUAGACAGUAGGGCACAUUACUCGAAAUGCAUUAAGUUACCUUGUUGACUAUUUUGCUCAGUACCUUAGUAGUUCUCUUGAUCAGUAAUGAAAUUGUGCAAUUUAUCCAGUGAA